AUGACAUCGAUCUACAUUCCUCUCGAUCUCCAGAUCAACACACUUUUAAGAUUGCCAGUGAAGUCUCUAUUGAGAUUUCGUUGCGUUUCCAAGCUUUGGUCAUCAAUCAUCACUAGCCGAGAUUUCAGGAACAAGCACUUGAAUAUUGCUUCCUCCUCAGCUCCUCCUCGUCUCAUCUUUGCUUUUGCGGACUUUUACGGAGAAAAGGUUCUGGUAGUCUCGUCAGCUAACCCAAAUAACCCAAAUGAUCUGAGCCUAGUCAGAAACAUUAAAGGGAAAAUGGUGUAUAAUGCUUGUCGGGGCUUGAUCUGCGUUGGAACCGGUUUCAAAGAUGUGGGGAUUUAUAACCACAGCACAAGGAAGCUACAUAAUUUCCCACAAUUCAAAUUCAAAAAAAGUCCAGAAGUGUUCCCACGCCCCAAUUACAUGUUAGGGUAUGAUCCUGUUGAAGAUCAAUACAAAGUGCUUGCCGUUGAUGCUUUUUCUGAUCAGAGAUUGGAGCACAAGGUUGUGACAUUGGGAGGAGAAGAAGCUUGGAGAGAGGCUCAGUGUGUCGCCUGUCCACAUAGGGCUUGUACCUUGGGGCUGUAUAUGAAAGGAACCGUUUACUACGGGGCUUUCAAGACGAACAUGGAUUUCCCGAACAUUAGUUCUAUAAUGGUGAGUUUCGAUGUUAGGCUUGAAACGUUCAACAUCAUCAAAGUACCAAGCAGACUUUUACAAUUAAUGGGUUAUGUCAAUAUUUUGGAUCCUAAUAUAUGGGAGGGUAAAACUCUGAUCAACUACAGAGGGAAAAUUGGAGUAGUUGAGAAUCCUCGUUUUAAGGGUAGUUUUAGAAUGUGGGUUUUGGAAGAUGCUGAGAAAGAGGAAUGGUCCAUUCACACUUUUCAUCUCCCUGAAUCUGCUGCUGGCCUUGGCUUCAUGGUCAUUGAUACCUUUUCUAACUGUGAGAUUGGUCUGGUUCCAUGCCAGUUGUCUGAUCCGUUUUGUCUUUACUAUUACAAUUUGGACAAGAAAAGCAUGAGAAGUGUCAGAAUUGAAGGAUUGCCUGUUUCCGAGCUUAAGCGAGCCCAAACAAUUUCUGUGACUGUUUCGGAUCAUUAUGAGAGCCUCAUGUUUUUAGAAUCUUGA